AAGUCGAGGUCGAAGCCUGUUGUUAAAGCCAGGAGGGGAAAGGGAACUGACACACAGAGAAGACAACGUGAGAGCAGGGGCAGCACAAAUCUCAUAGAAAUUGCUUUAAAAAUUCAAAUUUUCUUGCGCAUCACACAAGUUUGAGAAUUUGCCUGGGCGUCAGACUUUACUUCACUCUCAUUGUCGAAAUCUCCUCAAAUUCCAAUUCAUACAUGGACAAGGCCAUUAAGAGGUUUUUGGUAAGGAACAUUGUGGAGCAGGCUGCUGUUAGGGAUGUCCAAGAAGCCUGUGUCUAUGAUCAAUAUACUCUCCCUAAGCUUUAUGCUAAGAUGCAGUACUGUGUUUCCUGUGCCAUUCACUCACAUGUUGUGAGAGUUCGUUCUCGUACGGAUAGAAGAAAUCGGCAACCACCACAGCGCUUCAUUAGACGCAGGGAGGAUCAGCCAAAGCCUGGCCAGCCUGGUCAAACACCUCGUCCUGUUGGAGCCGGAAAUCUUGCUCGUGUAUGAAGUAACCUUUUUUUAUAUGGCUUCUAUAAGCAAUUGGCAGGGAUCCUUUGUUUUAUAGUCAUUCUCUUUAUAAUUCGGUCCUUCCUUUUGUGGAAGAAAGUGAAUUCUAGAAUCAAUAUAGAAACUUACUCGACAAUUUUGCAACUUUUAAGGAGAUAAAAGGCCACAAGUGAGUAACUUCAUUGUUUUCCUUUUCAAUUCCUUGUUCGGAUUGGCUGUGCAACAUUCUGUUUCUCGUGCUGAAAAUCACUGACAUGUUGCCCUUAUGUCCAUAGUACAUGGUAAGAUGAUAAAGAUUAAGGAGGUUAAGGAUCCUACAUUGAAAAGAAAAGGGAUCUAAUAAUGAUUUAUAGUA